GCAAGCCUCGCGCAAGCUGACGACGCUGUCGCAGCUGUAGAGAGAAGCAGAGGAGACAUAGAGGCCCCUGGCGGUAAUCCUCGCUCGGUGGCUGCGAGAGCGGAUGGUGUUCCCACGCGCGACCGUGGGAGCGCGGCAGGGCGGCGAUUUUGAUUUUGAGCGGCCGGCGCUCACGCGACGCUUCGCCUUUCUCCUCACGCACCGCAAGCAACCGCAAAGCACUUUGGGCCUGAGGCUCGGCCUCGAGCGGCAGGUCUCGCUCGAAAGCUUCCCUUGCCCAGCAACCGACGCACGUAGGCGAAGCUCUGAAGCGCCAGGCUGCCUUCAGAGGGAGAAAGCGGCUGGACAGCGACUGCAGACAGCCGUGGCAUCUUCGCACCACACCGGCACGAGCCUUGCCCGAGUACCCAAUCUCCUCCACGAUGCUCACUCCGGCGCCCGCAAGCGCAACGCAGCGUGCGCUGCUGCGCGCUCUGCUGCGCGGCGCCGCGCCCGCCGUCAACUUCUCGCCGCACGCGACCAAGAACCUGCGGCGCCUCUUGCUGGCCGGCCAGCGUGAGCGGCUGGCGCAAGGCGAGGGCAAGCUGGGCGAGGGGGAGAUGCAGACUGCGACGAGAACGCUGCUCCUGCUUCUUGCUGCGGCACGUCCGGCGGCCAGCAUCAGUGGGCGGGCGACACGGGCGCCCGUACAGCCCUCUCUCGCGGGACUUGGCCAUCCGACCCUUGCAUCCGCACCUUCUCCGCUGCUCGCCUCGCCGAGCGGCAUGCGCUCCGUCUCGCAUCGCGCCAUCGCCAAUCUUGCCUCGCUCACGUACCACCAUCUCUCGCCCUUCACCUUCAUGCCUCGGCGCGUUGCACGCCUAAUCGGCGGCUCCGACUCGCGUCGGUCGCGCCGCGAUCGAGCUCGCGUCGAUGAAGGGGCGCCGCUCGCCUGUCUGCACGUGCCCGCCAAGCCUCCUCGUGGACCCGUGCAUCCGGCCGAGCUGAAGGUGGCGCGCUUCAGCGCGCCGCCGCUGCGCGGCAUCGACGAGCUGCGCGCGGAGAUGGUGGCGCGCGGCGCGGAGCUGGGCGCAGCCAAGGGCACGAAGGAGGAGGAGGCGAAGAGGAGGGCGUUUGUCGAGGCCAAGGGAGCGGUCAAGGCGUGGAACAAGGCGACGGAGAAGGAGCAGCGGAAGAGGGAGUACGUCAAGCGCCCGAGGAGACUGCUAGAGGCGCUGAUGGAGCAGGUGCAGGCGAGGCGAUUGGGGCUGGGAGGGGGCCGGUGGAGGACGUGGAAGGAGGGCGGCUGGCUGGGCGCGCAAUGAGAUCGACAUCAGCGAGCGGGCCGACUGGAGGCGUGUGCGUUGUGCCACGGGCGAUGUGAAGAAGCAUCGCUCUUGCAUCGCAUGUCGCGUUUGCGUCUUGGCCCUGCUGCAAGGGAGAGACGAGUGCCGUCAAGAACGCAGGCUUGGGCCAAGGCGGCCGGGCGUCUCCAGGCGCGCGCUGCUGCGUGCACUGACUCUUCCUCGCGUCGCAGCGGCGCUCGUGCGUCUGAGCGCGAGUGCUGCAUGCGCUGUCUGAGUCUCGCAUUCCCUUCCUUCAGUGUCAC